AUGGCCGACUCAGAGCAGGCACCCCUUCUUUCUGCCGAGGGCAACCGCAAGAGCAACAACAACGGCCCUGAGUCUCGCGAACCCGAAGACUCGUUCGAGUCAACCCCGCUAUUGUCUAGCUCGGCCGCAACAUUACAGUACGAUGACGAACAGGAUGACGACCAUGACGGCGACUCGGCGUCCAUCACUUCGCGUGCCACAAACACAUCAUCCGUCAAGUCUACCAAGAGCAAACAAAUACGAUGGCCAUCUAUUAUUGCCAUGAUUGUCUUGGCACUCGGCGCGCUUGCGAUCAUGAUCCUCGCGUUCAUUGUUCCCACCGCCGUCGAAGAGUAUGCGAAACAAGCGGUCGUUCUCGAACCUACAAAUCUGUCCCUCGAGUCUAUCACAGCCAACGGUAUCCGAGCGAGGAUACAGGCUAACUUCCGGCUGGACGCACAGCGUGUCGUGAACGAGCACGUUAGGCGGAUCGGCAGGGCAGCCACGUGGGUCGUGGGAGAGCUCGGGACAGAGGAGACGAAAAUCAAUGUCUACCUACCCGAGUAUAAGGAUGUUCUACUCGGUACUGCCGCCGUGCCUCCCCUGAGCGUCAGCAUCGUGGACGGUCGCAACAACGCGGUGGAUUUUGUGGCCGACCUCGCUCUGGGCGAUGCUGAGGGCAUUCGGUCGAUCGCGAACGAGUGGUUGGAGGGAAGGCUGAAGACUGUCCGCGUCCGAGGGCAGGCCGAUAUCCAACUCAGGGCGGGCAUCAUUCCGCUGGGAACACACUCCGUUGUGGAGUCACUUACAUUUGAAGGCAGCAAGUUGCCUCACAUGCCGGAGUACAACAUUACUAGGAUGAAUUUCAAGGACCAGCCUGUCCCCGGCGAGCGCAAAGCAAUGGCAGCUGAUGUCACGAUCCAGUCCUUCAACAAGUAUCCAAUCUCUGUGGACAUUCCCGAGCUUGGCUUCGAGAUUCUCCUCCCUGGAUGCAGCCCUGCCAAUCACCCCAUCCUCGUGGCUACCGCGACGACCAACGGCGUAGCCGUGCGCCCGCACGCAGACGUACUUGUGAAUGCUCAUAGCCUCAUUAAAAAGCUGCCCAACUCACUCACCCGCGUCUGUCCCAAUUCGGACUCCUCGCCGCUUGACAUGCUCUUCAAGAAGUAUCUCGACGGCGAAACAGCAACCGCUCUCAUCCGGGGCCAAAAGCACCCGGCCGGCGACACCCCGGGCUGGAUCACGGAUAUCCUGUCCAGCGUUACCGUUCCUGUGCCGUUUCCUGGACGCUCUUUCGACAACUUGAUUCGAAACUUCUCUCUGACCGAUGUCCACUUCACCAUGCCGGACCCUGCAGCAGAACCCGACGAUCCCGACUCCAACCCACAAGUCUCGGGAAAUAUCGUGGUUCUCGCGGGGCUUCCUUCUGAGAUGAACUUUUCGUUGAACGUCACCAACUUGCGGGCGAACGCGGAUGUCUUCUACAAAGGAAAGAAGCUCGGAGAACUAAACCUGAAGGAGUGGCAAAAAGCGAACUCGACGCAAAUACCAGCGAGGAAGCAUCGCGAGGCUACCCUCAAGAUCCAAUCGCAUAUCAAGAACGCGCCACUCAACGUAACCGACGCCGACGUUAUGACGGAUGUUCUUCAGGCUCUUUUGUUUGGCGGGGACGUGGUGCUGAGCAUCAAGGCUCUUGUGGACGUCAAAGUGCAGACGACUCUCGGCCAGCUCGUGGUGAAGGCGGUCCCUGCGGAGGGGAAGAUUCCAGUAAAACCUCUCGGAAAGGAUCUCCUAGGCGCUGCCGCACCCCAAGUCGGAAAGGUCGAGAUCACCGACACAACUCCUGCCUCCCUUUCACUACAUGCAUUAAUUAAUAUUACAAACCCAACGCCGUACUCGGCGCACAUUCCUUUCAUUAUUUUACAUGUCGAGAGCAACGGUACAAUUAUUGGCGAGGCGUUUGCAGAGAACUUGGAUGUCAAACCAGGCAAUAACACCAACCUACCCAUCUCAGCAGUAUGGAGUCCGUCAAUGGGCGGCGAGGAGGGCCGCGAGCGUGGCCGCAAUCUUCUAUCGGAGUACAUAUCGGGCUACAAUACCUCGGUCACCAUUCGCACCCACCGCGGCAGCAUCCCGUCCCUCCCGCUCAUCGGCGAAGCCCUCUCCCGCCUUAACCUAACCCUCCCCGCACCCCGACUCCGCCUCCCCGGCGGGGAUGAUGACGAUGACAACAAAGACGACGGCCGAAACUCCCAGCCGCACUUCAUCCGCGACGCGACGUUCCACGUGCUCUCCUCGACCGCCACCUUCACGCUGGUCUCCCCCCUGCUGCACAACACCAUCUACAUCGACUCGGUCAACGCCACGGCACUGUACAACCACACGGAGCCCAUCGGCCGCAUCGAGUAUUAUGACCUGCCCUUUGCCGCGCCUCCCGGGUUUUCGGUCACCCCCAAGCUGCCCGUCGACUGGUCGCUGGACUCGGUCGGGUAUGGCAAGCUCCGCGAUGCGUUGGGCGGGACCAUGAAGCUUGAUGCGCGCGCUGUGGUGGGGGUGAGGUUGGGGGAGGUGGACGGAAAAGGUGUGACAGCAGCCAGCAGGAUGCGCGCCAUCCUGCCGGGCAAGCCCGAGUCGCGGCUGCAGGCCCUAGCGACGGGAUGCUGGGCGUCGAGGCGCAUCACCGUUUACAUAACCGGCAAUGCGCUCGCCAUCCUGGGCCGCCCCGACCAGCUGCUACAGACCGUCUACGACGACGACCCCGACCCGCUGCAGGCCGUCGCGCUGGACGAGGCCUCGGGCAAGAUUGCCGUGUGCACGCGCCGUGUUGUGAGGGUGUACAGGCCCCAUUGGUGUGGGUGUGGGCUGGGAGAAGGAGGAGGAGGAGGUAGGGGCGCUGCAGUGGGCGCCUGCAGAGCUGUUUUGGGGAGUCUGGAGCUGUACCAGACGUCGUCGACGUUGGGGAAGCCAGAGUGUUCGUGGCGGAAACGGCUCGCCAACCCGGUCCGGCUGGCGAGUUUGUCCUACGACUCGGCGUAUAUCGCUUCGGUGGGGGAGUAUGAUCGGCUGGUGAAGGUCUGGCGGCGGUUGAGCUACGGCACGGGGGAGGUCCGGUUCGAUUUCAUCUACUUGAGGCAUCCGCAGCCUGUGACGGGGAUCCAGUGGCGGCGGUCCGCAUCAUGUCGACCAGACCAUCGAGAAUGCCCUGUACACGUUCUGCGCGGACAAUGUGCUGCGCGUGAGCCCAAGUCCUCGAAGAUGGAGGACGGUUCGCGCUGGGCGUUUGUUAUGCAUGGGGGAGAUCUCGCCGCCGCGACCGAAAAGGCUGUCCAGGAGGGGACGCAAACAAAAGAGGGGGCUGCUGCGCUGGAGCAUCUUAUCAGUGUUGCAAAUCGCAGCCCGGAGAUUUGUGUUGUGCUAGACGGUCGGGGGCGCAUGUCCGCGUGGGCCUUGGAGAACAUCGGCUGCAAGACGAGCAAGUCCAAUGUUUUCAACGUAGCCCACGUCACGUCCCCGGAGCUGGACUUUCUCAAGGGAAACUCAGGCUCGACGAGUCCACACGUUGAGGCUUAUAGUUACUGUCAUUCUGGUGGCCACUUGCACAUCCUAUUGCAUUUCUUUGACGGGAGGGUUGAGGUCUACCGCGGCAAUAUUGCCGCUUUGUUUGACCGGAACCCGAAGAGGAGGCGGUUAACCCAACAGUGUCUCUGGACCGGGCAUUCAAAGCCAAUACGCAAGAUUGUUCGAAACUUUAGCGGUAGGGCGAUUGUCUCGCGGACGGAGCAUGGGCAAGGCGUAAUCUGGAAACACGAACUGGGCGCUACGCGGACCGGGCUCGCCCGGCAGGCGGUGAUCCCCGAGCAGGGGCAUAUCCACCGGAUGUGUCUCCUCAGAAACGGCCGAUUCGUCGUCUUUCUUCGCCACGAGACUAUCUCGUUGUGGGACUGCCGUCAGUCGGCGCCGGCGAUGCUGGCCGAGCAGAAAUACGAUGUCCCUGGGAAACCACUAUGUCUGUUGGUCCUCCCGAGGCACAAGGUCGAAGACUAUACCACGGCGCAUAUCGCUACCAUCACCUCUGAGAAAAAAGGAGUGGUUUGGGAGGUCAAGUUCCCCUUUUAUUCCCGUACGCACUCGACGACCCCCAGUAGUACCAACGGAACCAAGCAUCAACAACCCUCGAUUCGCGAAUUCGUCAAGUUCGCGCUCGAAGACGCCGGCGACCUCGCCUACGUCCUGCCCGUCGACCCGGCCGGCACCACCCCGCACGUCUCGGGCUUCCUCGACGUCUUCGCCCGAGACGUCGCCAUCUCCUACACCCACUCCGGGCGCGUCGAGUUCUGGACCGCCCGCGUCGGCCACAGCGGCGACGGCGUCGAGUGGCUAUCAACCUGCUCCAUGGAGACCAGCGUCUCCAACCCGGCCCUCGUCAGCGGGAGCACACGAAAAAAAGCGGCGCUCGUCAACUCGGCGCGGUCCGCGCUCACCAUCUGGGACAUCCGCGGCGCGCGCCUCGAGUACACGCAGGACUUCGAGAACAGCCACACCAUCCGCGACCUGGACUGGACCUCGACGCCCGACAUGCAGUCCAUCCUGGCCGUCGGCUUCCCGCACCGCGUGCUGCUGCUCUCCCAGAUGCGCUUCGACUACCUCAACGAGGGCCCCGCCUGGGCCGCCAUCCGCGAGAUCUCCAUCCGCGACUUCACGCCCCAUCCCAUCGGCGACUCGGUUUGGUUGGGUGACGGUCAUUUGGUUAUUGGUGCUGGUAACCAGUUGUUUGUGCAGGACCGCCGGUUUGAUGCCGGCAGCUCGCUUGUUACGAGUCUACGGUUGCCGCAGCGCCGGGUCGGCCAAAAGCAUUGGGAUUUGUUUGAGGUGGUGCAGAGGCUGAAUGGGCCGCUGCCGGUGUUUCAUCCGCAGUUUUUGAGCCAGUGCAUUCUGGCGGGGAAGAUUGUCCUGGUGCAUGCUAUUCUGAUGGCGCUGUAUCGGACGCUUAAGUUCUGGGCCGAGGGGGAUGAGCUGGAUGACUAUUUGGGCUUGCAGCUGGAAGACUUUUACGAGGUUGAUCAUACUGGUGCUGACGCAUGGCAGACCACCAAGACGUCGUCCAACAAGGACCCCGGGCAGUACCUGCAGCGGCGCAUGUCGUACGACGACGGCGGCGACGAGCCCUUCUCGGAGGAGGUGGCGGCCGAGAUCAACGAGCGGCUCACGCGCAUCGACGUGGCGCAGCUGUCGGGCCACGAGCAGAUCCAGCUGGUCGACAUCAUCGAGUGCGUCGGCCUGGUCGAGAAGCAGCGCCGCUCGCUCGACGAGAACGGCGCCCGCUUCGUGCUGUUUUUCAGGCAGCAUGCUCUGCGCAAAGGCCGCACCAGCGAGAUCCAGAUGGGCUGGCGCGAGAUCAAUUGGGCGUAUCAUUCGACCAGUCAGGACGUGCUGGUGGAUUUUGUGUCGAAACAGAGCCAUGGGAAGAUGCUAUGGGAGAAUGCGAGGGAGAGUGGUAUUUUUAUGUGGUUGGCCGAUAACGCUGCGGUGGUAAGUUGUGUCGUUCCCGAAGUAAAAGGGAAUGGGUUGCUGAUAGGAGAGCAGAAAGCACAAUUCGAGGUGAUUGCUCGCAACGAGUAUACCCAAAACGAGCUCAAGAACCCGAUCGACUGCAGUCUCUUCUAUCUGGCUCUGAAGAAGAAGACGGUUCUGCAGGGCCUGUGGCGCAUGGCGACCUGGAAUCGCGAGCAAGGCGCGACACAGAAGUUACUAGCAAACAACUUUGAGGAUCCCAAAUGGCGGACGACGGCACUGAAGAACGCGUACGCCCUGAUGAGCAAGCGGCGCUUUGAAUACGCGGCCGCCUUCUUCCUCCUCGCCGACCACCUCCACGACGCUGUCAACGUCUGCCUCAACCAGCUCAAAGACCUGCAACUCGCCAUCGCGGUAGCACGCGUCUACGAGGGCGACACAGGCCCCGUGCUGCGGCGGCUCCUCGAGGAGGAAGUGCUCGCCAUCGCGGCGCAGGAGGGCAACCGCUGGCUGGCGUCGUGGGCGUUUUGGAUGCUGCACCGGCGGGACAUGGCGGUGCGCGCGUUGAUUACACCCGUAUACACCCUCCUCGAAACCCCGGGGUCACCGGACCCCCGCUCGCGGCUGUUCCUGACCGACGACCCGGCGCUGGUCAUCCUGUACAGCCAGCUGCGGCAGAAGACGCUGCAGACGCUGCGCGGGGCCAGCAAGGUCACGCCCAAGGUGGAGUGGGAGUUUGUGCUGCACAAUGCGAGGUUGUACGAUCGCAUGGGGUGUGAUUUGUUGGGGCUGGAUUUGGUGCGAAACUGGGAGUUCCUCCAACCUGCCGGACCCGCGGCCGGUUUGGGCGGGGAGGUGAACCCGCUGAGGCUGCUCCGGAGGAGGGAGUCGCUGGUUGUGGCCGAUUUACCUGUGUCGUCACAGCAGCAACAGCAGCAACAACAGCAGAAUGUGCCGGCGGAGAUGAAGUCGGGUGGUCACUUGCCUAAACAGCAGCCGGCGCCGACGGUGUUUGAGGAGCCGGAUGCGAAUUCGCUAUUGGAUAGUUUUGGGUUUUGA